UGUUAGAUAGAGUGCGCGCGCUGUUUUGUCAGUUAAUUCGGGUCGUUUUUCUUAUCUAAAAUGAGUUAAACGUAGUAGUUCGUAGGUUAUUAUCACUGUUAGGAAAUAUAUUAAUAGUUUGAAGUACUAUUAAUUUAAAGAAAAGGACAAAACUGCACUUGUUUGUGGCUCAUCAUGUCGUCAGCAACAGACUCAUCGUCCACCUCAUCCUCAUCUUCCUCCUCAUCAUCUCUGGACUAUGAGUCGAUUCCAGUCACAGCUCUGAACUACGGCGUGAGGAAGAAACUGGGUCUGUACUUAAACCCCACUAACACGGUGGCCGCAGACUGGACGGACAUCGCGGAGAAAAUGGAGUUCACCUACCUGGAGAUUAAAAACUACGAGAAGCGAGAGAAUCCCAUGCAGAAGCUGCUGGAGGACUGGCAGACCCGAGUGGAGGCCUCGGUGGCCAGACUGCUGGGCUUCCUGGAGCAGACAGACAGGAAGGACAUCAUCUCGGACCUCAAACCACUCAUAGAUGAUGACUGCAGGAAGUACUUAGAGAGGCAAAAGGAUCUUCCUGUCCAGGUCCCUGAGGUGGACAGCAGGCAACUGGAUCGAGGCAUAACCAUAAACGAUGGUCACACGCCGGAGACCUUCGAUGCUUUCAUAUGCUACUGCCAGAGUGACUUCCAGUUUGUCCACGAGAUGAUCCGACAGCUGGAGCAGACCGAUUACAACCUAAAGCUGUGCGUGUUUGACCGCGACGUCCUUCCCGGGACGUGUGUGUGGACCAUCACCAGCGAGCUCAUCGAGAGGAGGUGCAAGAGGAUGGUGGUGGUAAUUUCUGAUGAUUACUUGGACAGCGAUGCCUGUGACUUCCAGACUAAAUUUGCUCUCAGCCUUUGCCCAGGGGCUCGCACCAAACGGCUGAUUCCUGUGAUCUACAAGCCCAUGAAGCGGCAGUUCCCCAGCAUCCUGCGCUUCCUCACAGUGUGCGACUACACCAGGCCGUGCACACAGUCCUGGUUCUGGGUUCGACUAGCCAAAGCCUUGUCCCAGCCCUGAGCAGUGUACGCCUAGCCCCUGUUUAAACUGCCACAGCUUUUUUUUUCGUUAUCAUUUACAAGCCCUGCUACACGUCCUGAACGUUUCCUGUUUCAGUUACCACAAAAUGACUUCUCAGUGUCUAGAUGCAGAGCUGCUCAGUGUUUUUUUUUCCUGUGAAGGUCACAGCUGUAGCUAGUUUAAUUGAUGGCUUAAAGAUAAAGAACGGGGUGUUUAAAAAAAAAAAUAUAUAUGCGUCAUGUAUACUACUGAAGGUUUGAAAUACUAAUGCAGAUUUCUGAAUAUUUUAAUCCAUAAGCAUAUACAGGUAGUGUGGUGUGUGUGCCAAAAGUAUGUGAACACCUGACCAUCAUACCUAUAUUAGAUUCUACAUUCCCAAACCACAGGCAUUAAUAUAAAGCCCCUAUACCAUUCCCCUGUAUUUGUUGCAGUCCACAUUUUUUUAAUAUAUAUUUUGCUCUAUUUUUAGGAAUGACCAGGGGUGUUCAAAUACUUUUGGUGAUUUUAUAUUAAGCACAAUGCAGUGGUUAUUUUAAUACCAUCAACUUCUGAUGGGAGAAGGACUGGGAAAAAUUGCUUAAAAUUAUAGUACAGAUAUGUGAGAUAGUAUAUUAUACAAGGCAAAUCGGGACUUUUAAUUCAGAGCACAGUAAUGAGACCAAAAAACCCUCCAUUAUUUCUUUAUAUAAUCCCAUGCUACACUAAUGCACUUAUCCCAACAUUUCACUAGUGCUUGAAAAUAUGCCAAAGACAUGAUCUGACUGCUUGCUUUACACCUGAAAACCACUGGCCUCCCAGGAACUCCUUUAAUGGCCGUAACAUGUUGAAAUGAUUUGGACGAAGUCAGGCCUGUGUAGUGAAUGUGGCAAUAACUUCCAGAAGUCCUCGAAGUUUUCUGUAAAUCUCACUCGCUUUUAUGGCUUCACAGACUGGAAAUUUCCUUGUGUGUUUAAGUCCCGGUUUGACUUAAACACACCCUCAUAUUUAACAGUAUAUUUACAUCAGGCAAUUAUGAGUUUUGUGAGAAACUCAACUUUUCAAAUCAGUGUAAAUGUAAACUGUUUUUUUUUUUUUUUUUUUUGAAGGGGAAAAAAUAAACAUGAGGUUAUGGAAUACUCGUCCGUAACUCAUCUAUUUGAUAUUGGAAGGGUCAAAUGAGUCAAUUAAAUAGAAGAAAGGGGGAAAAACGAUGCUUCACACAAAAUGUGACUGAUCACUAAAUUUUUGCUUACACAGUAUUUAUAUGAAUCUAUCGUCUAUAUGAUCACAGAACUGUGUUCUUUGCUUCUGACAGUUUUUUCGCUGCUGCAUGUUGUUACAGGAAUAUUUCACUUUAUUUAAGUUAAUAAUUUUUGCUGUCAUGUGUACUGCAUGAUGAUUGUACAAUUUCACUUGAUCUUAAAUGAUUUCUCAUGACCUGAACCACUUGGCCAAAGAUGACUACAUGAAUACUUGUAUAUCAGGACAUGAUUUGUCCAGUGCACAGAAAACCCUGAUUGUUUAUUUAAAAUCAUUAAUUUUACACGAAUCAUUUCAGUUAGUGCAUAGAAAAUGUAUUUUUAAAAAUUUAUAUUUUUUCUAAUCUUUUACCACGUGCCUUAUCAAUGAUGUGAUUGUCAGUGUGCUCUGUUUUUUAUAUUAUAUAUGUUAUGCCCUUUUUGUAGUAUGUUUAAUCUUAUCCUUUCUUAAUAAAAGAAUAUAUGUGUGGUA